GGAUUUUUGACAUUUUUGUUUUAGUUAUCAACAUUGUUAUUCACCACAAAAAUAUCGAAGUCAACAUUUUUUACCAUCAAAGGCCAUCGUAUCUCGAACUCCGACAAGGGCUCUAGAGUGAAGUUCCACGUCGUCGUGUAUUGUCAUCACGUCUCAACUUCCUAGAUUCGAGAGAGAGAGAGAGAGAGAUGAGAGAGGGCUUUCGUUUCUACAAUGGCGAAGUAGUGCUAGGGUUUAUUUUGGGUUUACUAUACCUAUGCGAUUACUCAAUCGUACCAAUCAGAGCAUCGAUUCAUGAGUAUCGCAACGAGUUCUUCACUCCUCAGUUGAACGCUUUCCUCUUUCAUGGAGGCAGUGAAGGUCUCUUCGCUUCAAAACAUCUCGAAGAUCAUGACAAUAGUUCUUCUAUUACCUCUCCAGGAAAUAAACCCCUCGAGGGGAAAUCUUUCAUCAGGUUUGAAGAUGUUACCUUCAAAAGAACAGAAGAAUCAGCCAAAAUUCAAAACGCAAUGCAGAGUAGAACCGGAUUAAUUGAAGCCAUAAUAUUCGAAGUAAAAGACACCGAAAGAAUCGGUGGAAAUUUUCUAAAAACUAAUUCAAACAUCUUAUGUUGCACUCCAAAGCUCGCAUCAGAAGAAUCCUGCACUGUAGGAGAAGUCAUCAUCCAAAAAGACGAAAAUACCCCCGAAUGGCCAAAACGAAUCCAAACCUUCUUUGAAGGAAACAAACAAGAAGCCAAAAUGAAACCUCAAUCAGUUGACAUAAACAAAACCGGAAUGUACUAUCUUUACUUCAUGUACUGUGAUCCAGAACUCAAGGGCACAGUAAUUUCAGGAAGAACAGUCUGGAGGAAUCCAGAAGGGUAUUUACCUGGAAAAAUGGUAAAAUUAAUGACUUUUUACGGGUUCAUGUCUUUGGGUUACCUUGUUCUUGGGCUUGGUUGGUUUUUAAGAUUUGUUCAAUUUUGGAAAGAUAUAAUGCAAUUACAUUAUCAUAUUUCUGCUGUGAUUGCUCUUGGGAUGUGUGAAAUGGCACUUUGGUAUUUUGACUAUUCUAACCUUGGGUCAACUGGGAGUAGGCCUUUUGGGAUAACAGUAUGGGCUGUGACUAUUAGUGCAGUGAAAAAGACUCUUUCAAGGUUGUUGCUUUUGGUGGUGGCUAUGGGGUAUGGGGUGGUGAGGCCCACCCUAGGUGGGGUCACUUCUAAAGUGAUGAUUCUUGGUGUGGUGUAUUUUGUGGCUAUAGAAGCACUCGAGCUUGUUGAAAAUUUGGGAAAUAUUAAUGAUUUUUCUGGGAAAAGUAAAUUGUAUUUGGUGUUGCCUGUUGCAUUCUUGGAUGCUUGGUUUAUUUUGUGGAUAUUUUCCUCUUUGUCCAAGACAUUGGAGAAGCUUCAGAUGCGGAGAAGCAUUGCUAAACUGGAGGUGUAUCGAAAGUUCACAAACGCCCUUGCACUUUUUGUCCUUCUCUCUAUUGCUUGGAUUGGCUAUGAGUUGUACUUUAAUGCAACUGAUCCAAUAAGUGAGCUAUGGCGUAUCUAUUGGAUCAUUCCCGCUUUUUGGUCACUACUCGCCUUUUCACUGUUGGUGGUCAUAUGUAUCCUGUGGGCCCCUUCUCGCAAUCCCACCAGAUAUGCGUAUGCAGGGGACACGGGGGAAGAGUAUGAUGAGGAGGCGAUAUCGCUUACAAGUGGAGUGAAAGUGGAUGGGGGAGAAGUUGGAAUGAUGAUGGAGAGGAAGGAGAAGAAAGGGUACACUAACAAUGGUGUGGAAGGAGAUGGUGGUGAGAUGAAAGGAGACGGUGCGUCUCUUGACUCUUCUCACAAUUUCGAUCGUCUCAUUUUGUCUCUUCCAUCUCGCUCUUACCUCUGUCGCUGCUACUCUAGCUCAGGUGAAUUCAUAUAA